ACUCCUUCCUCCUCUCUCCCUCCUCCUCCCCCCCUUCCCUCCCUCUCCCCCUCCCCCCCUCAGUGAGAGGGCAGUAGUCGGUAUCGGUGGUCGGUAUCGGUGGUAUCGGUAUCAGAGUGUGUGGUGGUGGAUCAGCAGCAGUAGUGGACCGGACCGGGACAACAUGGCGUCAGGUGUGACAGUGAACGAUGAGGUCAUCAGGGUGUUCAACGACAUGAAGGUGAGGAAGUCGUCGUCCCAGGACGAGGUGAAGAAGAGGAAGAAGGCGGUUCUGUUCUGUCUCAGCGAGGACAAGAAGAAGAUCAUCGUGGAGGAGGGGAAGCAGAUCCUGGUGGGGGACAUCGGCGAGUCGGUGGACGACCCCUACGGCUGCUUCGUUAAGCUCCUCCCCCCCAAUGACUGCCGAUACGGGCUCUACGACGCCACCUACGAGACCAAGGAGUCCAAGAAGGAGGACCUGGUCUUCAUCUUCUGGGCUCCAGAGAACGCUCCGCUGAAGAGCAAGAUGAUCUACGCCAGCUCUAAAGACGCCAUCAAGAAGAAGUUCACAGGUAUCAAACACGAGUGGCAGGUCAACGGGCUAGACGACAUCCAGGACCGCGCCACGUUGGCUGAGAAGCUGGGCGGGAACGUGGUGGUGUCUCUGGAGGGCAAGCCGCUGUGAUGUCACGACGGCGAGCCGAGCGGAGCCAAGCCAACCGCCGUGCCAUCCGGACCGAAGCACCUGACCUCACCUGAACACCGCCGCUUCACUCAGCAGCUUGCUCUGUAUCGCGUCCUGAAGGAGUUAACGUCUUCACGACUCUACGAUUUCUUUUGUUUUUGUUCUUUUUGCUUUUUUUCCAACAUGGAGAUCUCAUUAGCAUAAUGAUAUGAGAUCUCAUUAGCAUAAUGAUAUGAGAUCACAUUAGCAUAAUGAUAUGAGAUCUCAUUAGCAUAAUGAUAUGAGAUCUCAUUAGCAUAAUGAUAUGAGAUCACAUUAACAUAAUGAUGAUGAUAGAUCUCAUUACCAUUAUGAAAUAAGACCUCAUUAGCAUAAUGCUAUGAUAUCUCAUUAACAUAAUGAUAUGCAAGCCCCUCCCAGUCUGUUGCCACAUGACUUGUGUUCACCUGGCAGAAACAACAGAAUCACCGUACCGGAACGUUGUCUCUCGCUCAGCCAGAGUUUUGCCAAAAAGUCGAUGUGAAGGAAGCAGCCACACGUGAAGGAAGCGAGCGCCGCGCUGCGAAGCUCCGCCUCCUGCAGCACACGGGUCAUGACGCUUUUUCCAUAUGACUUUAUUUAUUAUUGUAACGUGUUGUUUCUUCUCCGGCGCCCUCAUCGUUAGUCUAUGCAUCCAGAGGAGGAGGAGGAGGAGGAGAAGAAGAAGAAGGUUAGAACACUACCGCUUCAUGUUUACCUCAGUCUCAUUUCCUGUCGGACUUCGCCGCCAUUCUAGCUGUUUGGUCGUCGCCUUACUUUCAGUUUGAAUGUAACCGUCACACCACUUAGUUAGAGUGCACUUUUAUUUUGUAAAGAAACACUACAGGAAGCAGAUUUGACCCCAGCAAUGAGAGACGACCCCACAACACCAACAAGAACACCAAGAACACGACGACAUCUGGAGCCUUAAUGUGGAACGUUGUUUCUGACAUCACAGGAAGCCACUUUGCAAUAAAAGCCUGUGGCAGAUUUGA